CGCGUAAGCCAAAAUGAAGAACUUUCCAUCGAUCCUCGUCGCUCGAUAACCCCAUCAAUCACGCGACCGUCCUGAAAUAAUUCAUUAUUAAAGUCAAACACCUGUUCGAAUUGAAUGGCGUCCGUAGCUUCCAUCAAACCCAUCGCUACCACCAUCCACCGAAGCAGGAGUACCAGAUUCUUCCUCGGCCAUUGUCAUAGGAACAACCCUGGGGCGACAUGGAGAGUCUAUAGAGAUGGUCCUGCUCCUCCUAACAGAUUCCCCGAUCUCCCUGGCCGUGGGCCUCCUCGUCCUCUUCCUCCUCUUCCGCUUCGCCUUCAAGUUCUUCAUCCUCCUCCUCCUCUUCCUCGUCUGCUCCAACUUCGUCCUCGUCAUUCGAUGACCUCUCCGCAGCCCCCCUCCGAUUCCUCCCCCUCCAAAACGGUGAGGGCUGUGAUAAAGGGGAGAGUGCAGGGUGUAUUCUAUAGGAACUGGACGAUCGAGAAUGCCUGCCAACUGGGUUUGAAAGGUUGGGUUAGGAACCGUAGGGACGGCUCUGUCGAAGCCCUGUUCUCGGGGAAGCCUGAGUUGGUGGAAGAGAUGCAGCAGCGGUGUCGGCGGGGGCCGCCCUAUGCGGUGGUCAGUGGCCUCGAGGUUUUCCCUGCCACUGAUGAUCCGGGCACUGGAUUCGAGCGCAGACCAACUGUUUGAUCGAUAUCUGUAGAGAGUGCAGAGUCACUGCCAAUGUUCUUGCUUACCAUGUAACACUCUAUUACUUUUGUUCCUAUGGUAGAAAUAUUACCCUUUUCUGCAUCUAGUUGAGGAUUUGUGCUGGAAAGUUCUCCGCUUGAUGAUGGCAUUUUUACAUCAAGAGUCCUAAGGAUCAUUGUCUUA